AAGAAAGAAGAGAGAAUGGGCAUGAAGUUUACACACUUAGAAGUAUGCGGAAAAUAUACACCCUCAUGAGGACGAUAUCUCCAUUUUGAAAACCUCAUCGUUUUACACAAUAAUACAAACUUGCACAGACGACACUUAAUGUUAGAAAUAAAUAUGCUACAUCAUGGAUACCAAGAGAUGUGCCACACAGUCUUUCAUAAUUUCGGAGACGACUGGGAUACUUCGCGGAUAUCAAGACCGAAACAGGCCUGUUCGCCGAGCCUUUCACUUGAAGCCUCACCCAUUGACAUCAGCAUGAUGUCAGUUACAAGUGCAGUUGUAACCAGAGAAGAAUGUCAUCACAGAGUUAUUUUCUCAGAUGGCAUUGCUUCACUGAGUCAUUCUGUAGAACACAACUUCCAUCUUUCGAGCCAUCAGCACAAAAACCUACUGUCUGAAGGACGAUGGGUAAUGCAACCUACCCAGUUUCCCAGGAUGAAUUAGGUGCAGAGUGACUCGAAUUCAAAAGCUUAGUACAUUUGUUGAUAAGCAACAUCCCCAUUGCCUUAUAGGACAAUGAAUCGACACAAUUUAUUGAUCACAAACAAUUUAAUUCCCCCAUCUCAUCUCACCUCACCUCACGAACCAG